CCCAUUUACGGAAAGCGCUACAGUGACACUAUUGUAUGGCUCUGACGGCCCCUCGGUCAAUAAACAGGUUUAAAUGCCUGCGUGUGACACAGGGCCGGGCUGAGCUGGUUAAUUACGGGUUAAUGCCCGACACCGCCAUGGCCGCUGCCCGCACCCAACAUGGCCGCCGCUGCCUCAGGGCGCGCCCCGCGCGCAUGCGCCGUGCGAUGCUGAGGGCGCUGCUCCGGGAGCCGCCGCCAUGGCGGCCCCGCCGCCCCCCGCCCGGCCUGAGGGGCCCGGCCCGCACCGCCCCGGGAGCUCGCUGGGGCCCGGCCCGCCCGGCCCUUACCGCCCCGGGACAGCGCUGGGGCCCGGCCCGCCCGCUCUGCACCGCCCCGGGACCGCCGCCGGCCACGCACUAUCGGCUGGUGUACACCUGCAAGGUGUGCCAGACCCGCUCAGCCAAAUCCAUCUCUAAGGCCGCCUACCACCGAGGGGUGGUGAUCGUGACCUGUCCCGGCUGCGGGAACCACCACGUUAUCGCCGACAACCUGGGCUGGUUCUCCGACCUGGAGGGAAAGAGGAAUAUCGAGGAGAUCCUGGCAGCCAGAGGGGAGCAGGUGAGACGUGUGGCUGGGGAGGAGGCGCUGGAGCUGCUGCUGGAGUGCUCGGCAGAGCCCAGGCCCCAAGCUCAGCUGGCCGAGGGGGACGACGGGGAAGCCCCCCCAGAUCCUGGCAGCAAGGGACACACCUGACACGAGGGAUUGUGGCCUGUGGGACAGAUGUGACACGUGAGAUUGUGGCCUGUGAGACGGACCUGCCAUGUGGGAUUUGGGACAUUCUGCUUGCGUCAAGAGACUCUUCACCUUCAUUCCCUGAUUUCAACUGUUUCUAAAAUAAACUCGGGUGUUGGGUUUUC